AUGUCUAGUGCAGAGAUUGCGCAGUCCAUCAUAGCUGCACAACUACGAACGGCAGAACUCGAGUUGAUCUACGAACGCUCCCUCCGCAAAGCUGAGCGCAUCUGCGAUGAAGAAAGCCUGCGAGUCUUGCGCGUACAACUCCUCCUACUCCAACACGAGAAUAACGAUCUUCGAGAACAAGGCCAUCGAGACGAGGAUCAGCAGCAUCACCUUGAGAAAACCAACGACGACCUACGAGCGCAUCUUUCUGAAGUUGAAGCCGAUUCCCGAGAGACGCAGCUAGAAUUGAAAGCACGCCUGCGCGACCUAGAAUACCUGAAAGCCGAACUCAACGAAUUAAAUGCUGCUAGUGCCGAGUCCAGCAGGAUCCUGUCCGAGAAGCUUGCGUUGACAAGAGAAUUGAACAAACUGAAGCCUGAGUUGGAACAUCUCAAGUCACAAGCUUCUACGCAACAAAACUUGCUGUCUGAGAAAUUGGCAUUGCAGCGCGAAUUGGCCUCGGUGCAAGUUGAACUGGAAACGGAAAAGAGAGCUGUUCAGCGUAUAACAGCCCGAGAGCAUUCAGCUGCACGUCAAGAUUCCACCCUGCAAGGAGAAAUCGAGGAUCUGAAGAAGGAGUUGAGCAAGGCCCAUCGUGAUCUCCAGAAAACUGAACGUGACAGCAGAAAGAAGGUGGUCGAAUGGGAAGGGGAAAAAGAGAUACUUGAGGGGAAGCUGGACGCUUUCAGAAACAAGCUUCGGUCCACAAAGGAGCAACUCAGCGAAGCUCAAGAUGAGAUUGAAAGACUGCAGGCCGAGAAGAUGGCCCAGUCUGCCGAGAUGACCCAAGCAAGAGUAACUGGCAAGGCAACAGUGCUCGGUAAACGACCUAUCCCUCGAUUCGAUCCUGACAUGACCAUCGGCACCCCCGGACACGGCGCACCAGCAGCAAAGAAGCAGCGAGUUUCGGUCAACUUUGCCGACAAAUCCAAUUUUUCGAUUACUCCGUUCCUGAACCGCACAUUGAGCAUACUACCCGAGACUCCCGAGGACCAACAGCAACAAGAGAAAGAAGAGGCUCGUGAGAGCGCCAAGCCCGAGACGAACAACGCAGCUGCAAAGUCACGAGCAGCACCAAAAACAAAAGCAGUCAAGCCGAAGGAAAAGCCUGGUUCUUCGAGGAAGCAAUCUGCUGCUUCUACGGGAAAGACCAAGACGUUAGGUGCACUCAAAGAAAGCACCAAUGCAAGAGCAAAUACGACGAUGAAGAGGCCACAAUUGGCCAAGUUGAUCGAAGAAGACUCUGACGUGGAAAACGACGCAGUUGAACCGGGAAUCGUUUCAGAGGACUCUGCGGAUAAAGACGUCGUCGAGAGCAUAGAAGGCACCCAAUCGACCAACGAUGACGCCCCGGAACUUUUGAAAAAGUCCAAAGCGCCGAAAAAGCGGGCUAACAUCUUUGAUGAGGAGGAAGAAUCCGCCCCGACACAAAAGGUUAGAGAUCUUGGAAGAGGAGGUUCUGGUAAUACCAGCAUUCUUGGACGGGUUAAUCUCAAGGCAAAUCCAGUCGGGAAACCAAAGUCGCUGGCAGAAUUUUCGCCUCUUAAGAGGGAUCGAAGAGCUGCAAGUGUCGCCAUAUGA